CGGUUGAAGGUACAAUCUUCGAUGGAACAUCCAAGACUUACGUUUCCGUCUCCAAGACCCCAAUUUCACACAGAGCAGAGUUUGAUAAAAAUUGAGCCAUAUUCUGGCGAAAUAUCGAGCCUCAUAAAUCCGUCAUCACCUCAUAAAGAUUGGAUAAACCCGAGCAAACUUUUCGACAAAAAACUUCUUAAUUAUAACUCAUCAUUUGAACUCCCAUUGAUUCCGGCAAAAACUCCACCUCCAAAAGCUAUUUUGAUUCCGAAAACCGAUGCAGAAACUCGAAGGCCAAAAUAUUUUCCAGGGCAAAUCAUCCCCACAAAGCCGCGUUCGAGUUUAAAGAGAAAGCAAAUCGACAUUCAAGAACUGCUAAAUCCACCGCCAGCCUACAGUAACAACAACAGCAGCAAAGCGGUGUAUAAAUCCCCCCGGAAUUUAUUCUGCGAGCUCUGCCAGGUCAGCUGCUCAAGUGGGACCACAAUGCAGGACCACCUGAGGGGCCGGCCCCACAAGGCGAAGCUUUUGUGGAUGCAGCUGAAGACGAGGAACUGCACGGUAAAGCAGCCGAAGUGCAACGUCUGCCAAAUUUUCUGCUCGGAUAGGGAUACGAUGGAGAUGCACCUGAAGGGGCGUAAGCACAAGGCCAAACUGCACGAACUUGAGGAAUGUAGGAGGAACGGAACUAGAGGGAUCGUGGCAAAGAAGAAGCCGGUGUUUUGUCAGCUGUGCCACGUCAGCUGCAUGAACGAGGACUGCUUCGAGAUGCAUCUCAGGGGAAAACAGCAUGCUACUAGACAAGAGAUGAAGCGUAGAGGUAUGAUAUGAUGAGGGGCAAAAGAGAC